GAAUCCCUCCGCCUCAGCGAGCGCUCCCGGUAGUGCUGCGAUCGGCUUUUCGGCAAUACCCGGAUGGAAGCAUAAUGGCCGCCAUCAGGGACUCGCAGGCAAUGGGGACCACGACAGAUAUCAUCUCUUCUUUUGAUCACUGCUCCUGAUUGUGGCUUUGUCCAAGCAUUAAAUUGUGUGCCUUUUGUUCCUUGAAGAAAGAGGAAGUAGAAUUAGAAAAGAAGUUUGACCAGAAUUGAAUUAAGAGAAAGAGGGAUGACAAGCCUGGUGAAAGGAAACAGUAUGAACAAAGCUGGUGCUAGCAACCCCCAACUGUGUCUGGUCUCUGGACCCAGCUCAAAGCCCUGGAUUCAUUCUCUUCCCAUACCUCAGCCUGAGCCUUCUGUCACCCCAAAGGGCUUCACACAAGCUUCCUCUCAAGCCCUCACUUCUCUCACAAGAUGAAGAAACUAAAACACAGAGAUUGAGACUUGUCUAGAGUAACACAAACCAAUGAGGAAACUGAGGUGCAGAGAAGUCAAACCUUACCCAGUAUUACAGAGCAGAGCUGGAAGUAAAGCUUGUAUUUCCUGAGAUCCAGAUUAGUGUCAUUUCUACUUCAGACUAUUACUUCUUGGUGAGUUAAUGUGGGAAAAGUCCUGGUAUUUUGAAGAUGUCUCGGCACAGUAUUGUUUCCUGUUCAAAUUACAAGUAACUUCAAGAGUUUGCAGGAAAAAAAGAAAUUGGGAUAUUUUUGGUUAAAUCAUGCCAUCUGAACAGAAACAUUUAUUUUUUGAUGAAAAACAGAAUACUUUAAAAAGAGAUUAUGAUGUGAAAAAUGAGAGAGUUGAUACUAUCAGAUCAGUACUUAAACCAAAAAUUUCAGAAAGUAGUUUUCAUUAUGAACUAAAAAAUGUGAAAAUUGUUUUGCCGAAGAUAAAUAUUCCAAAUGAGGUCCUAUUGAAACAUGAAGUUGACAAAUACAGAAAAUUAUUUCAGCAUAAACCACAGACUGCAAGAAAAUCUAUCGGUAUAAAGACUGUAAGCUGUGUAGAGGAGUGUAUGUUACUCCAUAAGUCUGAGAGAGUUGAAGAAGAAGGUAUAAAAAUGUCUGCAAAAAUACUCAACUUCAACUGUUUGAAGUGCCGAGAUAGUACUCGGUAUAGCCCAAAUGAUUUGCAGAAACACUUCCAAAUGUGGCACCGUGGUGAAUUACCUUCAUAUCCUUGUGAAAUGUGCAGUUUUUCAGCAAACGACUUCCAGGUAUUCAAACAACAUAGACGAACCCAUAGAAUUACUUUAGUAAAAUGUGACAUUUGUAACAAUGAGAAUUUAUAUACUUUAUUAGACUUGACAAAGCAUUUUUCAUCCACACAUUGUGUAAAUGGUAAUUUUCAAUGUGAAAAGUGUGAAUUCUCCACCCAGGAUGUUGGCACAUUUGUUCAGCACAUACAUAGACAUAACGAAAUCCUUUAUAGAUGUGGUAAAUGCCAUUAUAUAUGUUUAACCAAAGGAGAGCUUCAGAAGCACCUUCAUAUUCAUUCUGGUACGUUUCCCUUCACUUGUCAAUAUUGUAGCUAUGGUGCUACCAGGAGAGAGCACCUUGUAAGACAUGUUAUAACUUUGCACAAAGAACAUUUAUAUGCGAAAGAAAAACUGGAAAAAGACAAAUAUGAAAAAAGGAUGGCAAAGACUUCAGCAGGACUUAAACUAAUAUUGAAAAGAUAUAAAAUAGGUGCAUCAAGGAAGACAUUCUGGAAACGUAAGAAAAUCAACAAUGGAAGUGACAGAAGUAUAGAAAGAAACACUCAAGUGCUUAAAAAAGUGAACAAAACACAGGCUAAAUCUGAAGACCAGAGCCAUCUUGUUCAGGAACAUAUAAAUGAAGAAAAGGAUGAAAGACUAUACUGUGAGAAUAAUGAUAAACCUGCUGAGUCAGAGUCAGAAAAGCCAACUCUUCUGUCCACUGGGCAAUGUAACGGAGCUGAAGAGGGAUCAAAUUCUACUUCAGGUUUCUUGAAGACUGCUGUACAAGGACCUACAGUGUUAAUGGUAAAAAAUAAUAGAAUAACAAUUCCUGCUAACUACAGUGCUAAGUUUAUGGGCUUUAAGAUGGUGGAUGGAAAACAACAUAUUGUAAUAAAACUGUUGCCUACCAAUAAACAGAAUUUAUAUUCACCAGGCUCACAGUCAGGUGCUGUAAGGGACAAUACUGCAAUUUUGCAACCCCAGACUUUGGACACUACUGCAUUUUUAACAGGAGUAACAACUGAGUUAAAUGACACAGUUUACAUGAAAGCAGCUACUCCAUUUUCAUCUUCAUCUCCUAUACUUUCAGGGAAGGUAACUUCAGAAAAAGAAAUGGCUUUGCUAUCUCAAACAAGUAAUAUGCUUCCAGCAAUGGAUGAUGGAAAAAGUGUUUCUCCUUUGCCAGUAACAUCAGAAUUGAGCACAGCAUCGGUGAAUUUGACCACAAAAGUAGAAACGAGAGAGAAUGUUGACUUAUGGGGAAGUCAUAUUACUCAGUGUCACCCUGAGGUAUCAGGUAGUGCCAUUAAAAGUCAAGAUAAAGUCACCUGUACUACCAAACCAAACUCAUACAACAGUGGAGAUAUGCAUAACUAUUGCAUUAAUUAUGUCAACUCUGAGUUACCUGUUGAAUCUUCCAACCAAGGAUCAUUACCUUUUCAUAAUUACUCAAAAGUGAAUAAUUCUAAUAAACGUCAUAGGUUUUCAGGGACAGCAGUGUGUGAAAACCCUCAAAGAGAAUCUUCAUCAAGCAAGACAGCAGUUCAACAGCCAAUAAGUGAGUCAGUUUUAUCACUAGUGAGGAAGGAGAGCUCAAACCCAGAUAGCCUGUUAGCAUCUAUUAGUCGUUUAAAUACUAAAGAUGGAACUUUAAAAGCACAAGCUGAAAUUGAAGAACAGUGUGUUUUAGAAAAAGGACAAAACAUUGAUGGGCAGAACCUAUACACUAAUGAAAAUCAGAAUGUAGAGAGCAUGACUGAAAAGCCUAAAUGGGAUGACGUUUCUAGUGUUGAAUCACCUAUGAUGCCUAGAAUUACAUCUGUUUUCUCUCUCCAGAGCCAACAGGCGUCAGAACUUUUGCCACCUGAAAUAAACCAGUUACUUCAAGAUGUAUUAAAAGCAAAACCUGAUGUAAAACAAGACUCUAGUAACACUCCAGAUAAAGACCUGCCGCUUCAUUGUGACCAGUCAUUUCAGAAACAUGAGGGAGAAGACAAAAUAGUUGAAUCUUCAAAAGACUUGAAAGUACAAGGCUUCUUUCCAAUUCCAUCUGGUAAUAUGGGGAUUAAUGUGGCUACAAAUUAUCUGAAUUUAAAAUUUAGUGGAAAAGAAAAACAAAUGUUGUCAAUGUCACAAGAUGUGAGAGAUUCAGAGAAGACUCCUAGAAUUUCUGGUUUUAGCACAUUACUUAAGACUCAGUCAGAUGCAAUAAUUACACAGCAGCUUGUAAAAGACAAACUACGAGCCACUACGCAAAAUGUAGGUUCUUUGUAUGUGCAGAGUCCACUUGUAAAUUCAGAACCAAAAAAGGCUAUCUUUGUUCAGACUCCAAAAGGCUUUUUUGUACCAUUGCACGUUGCUAACAAGCCUACAUUACAUGUUUCAGGAAGACCACUUCCAUUGGUUAAUACACAAGGUGUCCCUGCCUCUCUCCUUUUAAACAAGAAACCUGGGAUGAUUUUAACAUUUAAUAAUGGGAAACUUGAAGGUGUUUCUGCUGUCAAAACUGAGAAUGCUCAAGCUUGUGGAACUACAAGUAAGGAGCCUUGCAGAACACCUUUUUUAAAAGUAGAACCAAACAGUAAUUGUCUAACCCCUGCACUUUGUUCCAGCAUUGGCAGCUGUUUGAGCAUGAAAAGUAGCUCAGAAAAUACUUUGUCAUUAAAAGGCCCUUACAUUAUUAAAACGCCAGCAAGUUCUUCAGUGAAAGGUGUUCCUGCUCCUAAUACAGUAUCUGAGCAUCAGGGCACUAAGUUGAAUAUCUCAGAUUCAGUAAAACAGCAGAACAAGAUUUUUCCAAAACCACCUCUUUACACUCUUUUGCCUGAUGGCAAACAAGCUGUUUUUUUAAAGUGUGUGAUGCCAAAUAAGACUGAGCUGCUUAAGUCUAAAUUAGUCCAGAAUAGUACUUAUUAUAAAAAUAUACAGCCAAAGAAACCUGAAGGAACACCACAAAAAAUAUUGCUGAAAAUUUUUAACCCUGUUUUAAAUGUGACUGCUGCUAAUAAUCUGUCAGUAAGCAACUCUGCGUCCUCAUUGCAGAAAGACAAUGUACCAUCUAAUCAGACUAUAGGAGGAGAGCAGAAAGAGCCAGAAUCUUCUAGAGAUGCCUUACCCUUAUUACUAGAUGAUAUGAUGCCAGCAAAUGAAAUUGUGAUAACUUCUACUGCAACAUGCCCAGAAUCUUCUGAGGAACCAAUAGGUAUCACUGACCAUUCAGAGGCCAGGGUAUUACGGUGUAAAACAAAUUGUAGAAUUGAGAGAAACUUCAGUAAGAAAAAGACUUCGAAAAAGAAAUGUUCAAGAAUAAAAACUCAUGAAAGAAGUAAAGAUUCUGAAACUUCCUUUGUAUCUAGAAACAGAAACUGUAAACGCAAGUGUAGGGAUAGUUACCAAGAACCUCCAAGAAAAAAAGCAUUACACAGAAAGUGUAAAGAAAAAGCAAAGCCUGAAGAUGUCCAUGAAUCAUUCGGAUUCAGCAGACCUAGGCUUUCAAAAGAUUCAGUCAGAACUUUGCGGCUUUUCCCCUUCAGUUCCAAACAGCUUGUGAAAUGUCCUAGGAGAAACCAACCAGUUGUAGUUUUGAAUCAUCCUGAUGCAGAUGCCCCAGAAGUAGCAAAUGUAAUGAAAACUAUUGCUAAAUUUAAUGGACGUGUACUUAAGGUUUCAUUGUCAAAAAGAACUAUCAGUGCGUUACUGAAACCAGUUUGUUAUAACCCUUCUAAAACAACUUACGAUGAUUUUCCCAAGAGGCACAAAACAUUUAAACCUGUUAGUUCUGUGAAAGAAAGAUUUGUGCUAAAAUUAACUCUCAAAAAGACAAGCAAAAACAAUUACCAGAUUGUGAAAACUACCUCUGAAAAUGUUCUGAAGGCUAAAUUUAACUGUUGGUUUUGUGGUAGAGUAUUUGACAAUCAGGAUGCUUGGGCUGGUCAUGGUCAGAGACAUUUAAUGGAAGCUACUCGUGAUUGGAACAUGUUAGAAUAAUUUACUGUAAUUACCAAGGAAAAGAAAAGUAAAAGUACCUUAGAAGAAAAUAGUGGGUUGAAUUACUAAUGCAGACAUUUUUUACUUCAAUAUAGUACCUGAAGUUAAACAUUUAAAAGUUGACUAUAUUUCCAUGGAAGAGCAAAAGUUUUAGUGUGAUAUUUGAAAAUGCUGUCAGUGCACAUGUAAGUUUUGAAAGAAACUAAUCAGCACAGAUAUACCUUGAUUUAAUUUUUUAAAAUGUGUUCUCGGGAAGUUAGGGCUAAAAAUUUUGAUAAAACAGUUUUCCGAGUUUAGUGACUCUUAGUAGAGAGUAACAGGUGACAGCCCCAUUCCCUCUCUUCUUCCACCAGCCUUAUGAUUCUGAUAACUGUAGCUCCCCUGAAGAGGUUGAGAGCUCUUUCAUUAUGGAACUGAAGGAGUUUCUCAUCAUUUGUGAAGAUACUCUAAGAGAACUUGGGUAAAGAACUUACUCUACAUCUGCAAAAUGUAGUUCUUUUGAAGGUAGUUAAGCUCCUUUGAGGGUACAUUUAACUCACUACAGUUACACCUCAUAUGAUGGUUGAUAAGAGUUUUUGACAAGCAGAUCUUUUUUCCUUGUAAGCUGUGUUACAUGUCAUUGAUUGGAACACCCUUCCAAGGUGAUUUUCUUUUUCUAAAUGGCUCUCAAGCGUUGCAGUAGAUGGGCAAUCUCGAGAGAAGAAUUAAACUCUUUGUCUAGUUUGAAGUUCAUUUAAAGAACUUGAACAUUUUUUUGAAUUUGGUUAUAUUCCCCAGUGAUUCCCUUCCACAGAACUAUGUUUAUUUGAUUUAAAUUGUUUGUCCCCUCAUAAACCAAGUGGCCAAUUUUUUUCUUGGUUGCCAUCCCUUUAAAAAGAGUGAAACAUAGAAGCACUUCCAAGGGAAUGGCUUUUCUUGAAAAUUAAAAAUUAUUCCUCAGAAACGAUAUUUUGAAGUAAGAUUAGCAAAGCAAAUCAUACUUUUGUGUUUAUUAUUAGUGUCUGAACAUGUCCACAUUGGGACAAACCAUUUUUGUUAGCAACUUCUCAGUAUGACUGACAACCCAAAGCAGAUUACUGAUUGUUUGCAGUUGGAAAUUGAAGAAGCAUUAAUAGUGGACUCAGUGACAGUGCAUAACACUUCAGGACAGAUUCCGAAGGGAUAUGCCCAACAGGUAGAGUUUUAAAAUGAAUAUUUUCAUGACAACAAAAUCAUCAAUUUAAACUUCCCACUUUGUAAGUUUGAAUCAAAUUUUGUUGGACCGUUGGACAAUGGAGUUCUUGUAUUAAAAAAGUACAUACUAUAUAAUUUUUGUUACAUUGUUACUACUAGUGUUAUGACAUUUUCAUUGAUUGAAAACUUCAGGGCUCCUUUUCUGUAUAUAACAAAGAAUUUAAAACCUGUACAUAUUUUUGUACCUUUCAGUUAUGUAAAUUUUGCACAGAAAGUUUUUGACAUAAAAAGUUUAUUUUCUUUCAAUUUAGUUCUGUGCAUGCACUAAUAAAACUUGUCGUUUAAUUUAAAAGGAAUAUGUAAGACUUUACCCAUGUUAUUUUUUUGGUUUUCAUUUCAGAUGUACAAUUUCUUUUUUUUGAUAAAUUCAGUUUUCAGGGAUUGAACACUAUUGUUAGCAAGUGCCUAAAAGAUGUGAAACAGUUUACAUACGUCAACUGUAACAUUAGGUCCCAAAUGGGCCCACUCCCCCAAUAAUUUUAUUUUAAAGAAAGCCAUACAUAGAUGCUUCAAGCUAUCUUGCUAUGCACAUUAUACAUGUACUGUUUUUGUGCAGUUUGUCUACUUUCUUAGAAGUGAAGUAUUUUUUGUAUAAAACCUGUUACAAUUGUGUUUCUUAAAUUGAGCCUAAGAACGGAAUUGAUUGGAAAUAUGCGGUAUAUAUUAAUAAUGUAUAUGGUGUUUAAAGAAUGGUAAGCAUUGUUAAAAUCUGUAACGAAUGUCUUCUUCAAUUAAAUUUAUCUUAAG